UUACUGAAAGUCUCUUCCACCAACUGUUUUUUCAUUCCCAUCCUCUUAACUUUGCCGAAAAUUUCUGAAUCUGCAAAGAAACAAGAUGAAAAAGUUCAUCUGGAUCUGUGCAACAUUGACGGCAAUGUUUGUUACAGGUGAGUCUCUGAUCUGUAACACCUGCAGAAUGAACAUUGUGGGUAGAUGUCUGUUUCCAUCCACUAAGACCUGCAGUGAGUCUCAGACCAGCUGCUACUCCGGAAGACUGGCCUUUAACAUCAGUAGUCUGCUGAGCUGGGAGACUCAAGGCUGUCUGAACUCAACUCUCUGCAACCAAACUGAAACGGGGACUCUCCUGACCGCCGGCUACACGGUGACCAGGACCUGCUGCAUGACUGACUGCUGUAACGGAGCCACAUCUGUGCAGCUGCCUGUCACUGCUGCUGUGGGCGCGGCCCUCGUGGCCAUCUGGGGCGCCCAAAGUCUUUAAAAAAACAACAAAAGAUUAAUCACUGGGUGUUGUGUUGGAAUGCAACUGUUAAAGAACAUGAUGAACUGUGUCUUCCUAUAUUAUUAAACUCAGAAUGUUGUAGCUUCUCUGCCUUUAAAUGUAUUUGUUAUAGACGAUAUAAAAUGUAUAAAAACUCAGUGAAAUGAUCAAAGAAUAAAAA